GGAGGAAUUUGCUGCGCCGACCCCCUUCUCUGCGUGGAAAUGAUUUUAACAGGCUCUGCUACAGUGCAGGGAUACUCUUAAAACAGGGAACACAGAACUGGACUUCUGAAAGCUCCCAAAACACACACACACACACAAAUACAUUUUGGAACUGUCGAACCCUUUCUUGUGAACUCCCUAUAAAGAAGUCCUUUUUUUAUAUUUUUGGACAGACAGACAGACAAGCGAGCACUACUUUUAUUUUUUUUAAUUUUUUUAUUUUUAUUUCUGCACGUACACCUACACUAAAAGACCAUCACCAUGCCGAGCUCAACCAUCCGCAGGCAGAUGAAAAAUGUAGUGAACAACUACUCAGAGGCAGAGAAGAAGGUCCGGGAGGCCACCUCCAACGACCCCUGGGGCCCUUCCAGCUCACUCAUGUCGGAGAUCGCCGACCUCACCUACAACGUGGUGGCCUUCUCCGAGAUCAUGAGCAUGAUCUGGAAGCGUCUCAAUGACCACGGCAAGAACUGGCGGCACGUCUACAAGGCGCUCACCCUCCUGGACUACCUGAUCAAGACGGGCUCGGAGCGCGUCGCCCUGCAGUGCAAGGAGAACAUCUUCGCCAUCCAGACGCUCAAGGACUUCCAGUACGUGGACCGCGACGGCAAGGACCAGGGCGUGAACGUGCGGGAGAAGUCCAAGCAGCUGGUGUCGUUGCUGAAGGACGAGGAGAGGCUGAAGGGCGAGCGCUCGCAGGCGCUCAAGACCAAGGAGCGCAUGGCGCAGGUGGCCACCAGCGUGGGAAACAGUGGCAGUAUGGGCUUCGGGCGCGGCUCCAGCCAGCCAAACCUGUCCACCAGCUACUCUGAGGAGUACGGCAGGUCUGAGGGGUCGCCUGCCUCCUAUCAUGGAUCGCCCGAGGGACCAGUGGUGACUGAUGAGGCAGCUUCUGCAGCUACGUCCCCUAAUGCAGGCUCGGAGCUGGAACAGGCACGGCCCCAGACAAGUGGAGAGGAGGAACUCCAGCUGCAGUUGGCCCUGGCCAUGAGCCGAGAGGCAGCAGAACAGGAGGAGCGAAUGCGACGCGGGGAUGACUUGAGGCUGGCGAUGGCAUUGGAGGAGAGCAAGAAAAACUCAGUCAAAGUGACUAAGAAAAAGAAAGAGCCUCAGUCGUCUCUGAUGGAUCUGAUGGCCCCUUUGCCCGAGGGGUCUGCCGAUCAGGCAGCUGACCCCUGGGGACCACCACCAACAGGAGCAGCUGCAGCACCAGACCCCUGGCAGGCAUACGGUGCUGCCCAUAAUCCAGCUCCCCCUGUGGACCCAUGGAGCCUUUCUGGGCCCGGGACCGGGGCCUCGGCCUCAGUCACCCCAAUGAAGAAUGCUGACCCCUGGGGGCCAACUGCUGCCCCUGCAGCUGAUCCCUGGUCCACUGGCCCCAAAGCUUCUGCAACAGGAAGCUUCGACCUGUUCAGCACAUCAAACGGUACUUCCAGAGAAGACCUGUCCGAGUUUGACAGUCUCCGCAACUCGGCAGCAGCUGGCGACCGCAAAGGCAGCUAUGGGCUCCCCUCGCAGACCAGCAUGUCUGGCAGUCCUGACCUGUUUGACAUGCAGCCCGGGGGCUACAUGAGGAAAACCCCCGAGUCCUUCCUGGGCCCCAACGCUGCCCUAGUCAACCUGGACUCUCUGGUGACCAAGCCUCCACCGCCGGCCCCUGGGCCCAAUCCUUUCCUGGCAGCAGGUGCAGCCCCGGCCCCUGCUCCUGCACCCCAGAACCCUUUCCAGAUCAACCAGCCGCAGCCCCCCACCCUCAACCAGAUGCGGGUCAGCCCCAUGCCCGGUUUCGGCGGCCUGUCCCAGCGGAGUGCUGACCCCCUGCCCCUCUCCUCCAUGCCUCCCGCGGCAGUCCCCAUCUCCAUGGUGCCCAUAGCCCCACUGGCUCCCAUGAUGCCCGCCAUGGGCAUCCCGGCCUCCAUGUCCCUGCCCCAGCCCCUUAUCAGCGGCGGCAUGCAGCCCACCGGGCCGGCCGCCCAGGCUGGAGGCGGCGCCACCAACCCCUUCCUGUUGUGAGAGACACUCUACAAAGAGCUCUACAUGCGCCCCUCCAUUCCCUGAACCAUGACCCCCGAGCCCUGAGAACCCUAACCUGCUAAAGCCACCCUUAUACUCUCCCCCCACCACCCCCUCUGAAAUGGUAUAGACAGCAUAGUCUGUCGAAUCCCCCUGGCCCCAGUCUUCCCCCCUCAGCUCAGUCCAGACCAUUGUGCUAUUUGAAGACUUUUUUUGGAGCAGCAGCACUGGUGUUUACAGUUUUUACACAGGCAGGGGAGCUCUCUUCUGUCUGUCAGAAGCAGGUACCAUACAUUGAUUUGGUAUUUCUUUUGUUUUGUUUGAAUUUCGUUUUUUUCCCUUCCUUUUCUAAAUGUUCUCAAACCGUCGAUGAUAACUGUGUAUCUGUAGGUGUUAUUUCUCCCGCCCUCACACUCUCCCUCUGAAGUGUGCUGCAGCUUUCCGUUAAGCCAGCAUUGAGUUCAAAAGGAGAACCCAUUUUGUUUUCUUUCUUUUUGUUUUGUUCUUCUCCAAAAGAAAUCUAGAGGGCUUUUUCUUUGUAUAAGAGGCUUUGAAAUUCAAUAGUUAUGUUUUUAAUCGUCUUAUGAAAGCAUUGUAUUCACUAAAGCUAACCCUUUUUAAUCAAAGCAAAACUAUAUAUGUUCUACGUCAGUGCAUAUACACUAUGUGUAUUUACAGGAUACUUAGGUAGACACCGUAUAGAGAAACCCUAUCAGUUUACAGUGGUAUUGAUUUUAAUGUUCUACGCAGGGAUUUUGCACACGCUCUGAUUUAUUUACCCGUUCCCUUCUGAUACACUCUUCAGUUUUUGUUUUGUUGACUGUUGACUCACCAUUAGUCCUUAGCCUGAGGAAAACAACGAUCAACUUCUUUGUUAGGAUGUGGCACUUGUAACAAGCGUGACUAAAAAUCCCUCGGCACACACUGUGUGUUGGUUUGAUGAGGACUUGGAGGAAGUGUACGCUAGCAUGAGUUAGCAAGUGGUAUCCAAUAUCCGAAGUGUUGGGGUAUGAACUUCACAGUUAAGUUAAAAUGAGUUCUAUUUUUUUCCUUUUUGAAUGCAUGUUAGGGAAUCGGUUUGCAUACCCCAAUAUGGCUCUACUUUUCUACAAAAAAGCCUCUGUUUUGCUACUGCUUGCAAUCCCGAGUGAUUGUGAAUGGGGUGAGUGGGUUUCUUUUCGAUUCAGUGCUAUCGUAAAGCUCGACUCUUUGCACAGCUUUUGUUUCUACUUCUCUUCUCUUAAAAAGGUUGACUGUUUGACAGAGCUAAUCAAUACUAAUUUUUAGUAUUCAACUGCCUAGCUUUUCAUAAGGUGAACUGUAACAAGUGAGUUAUCAAAAACAUUCUGAAAGGUUUAUUUUCAGUAAUCCUCAUUUUAUUUAUAUGUCUGGAAAAAAAUAUAUAUUGUUGUCAUAGAAGGAACAAAGGGAAAUAGGGAAAAGCUGGUAUGUGUUAAAAAAUAUCUUCAUCAGGUCCUAAUUCAUCUUACUCAACAUUAUUAGCCUACUAAUCACUCCUAUCCACUCCUACGGUUUAUGUAGCUGUAAAUGUAUUUUGAGAAAGAAAUACAUGAAAUAAAUUUCGCUAGUUAGUUCAUGCCAUUAUGACAAGAACUGAUUGGGGUGGAAAUAUCUUAACCAGUUGACAUUGUCAUCUUGCAGAUGUUUGUUAAGUGUAUGGGCUUUGGGACUCUUUAAAUCGCUUACAGGAAGAAGAUUGGUAUGAUGAAGAGUUGGUGGGGGGACUCUGUUGAUAGAUUUCAUCGUCUUUUUUGUCUUUCUUUUUUUUAAAUCAUGCUUUUCUCUUUCCGUUAUGUCAUCUGAUCCAUCAUGAAUUGUAAUUCCUAAAACUACCCCCACCCCCCCUUUUUAUUUUUUUUGUUUAUCAUUUCCGUACUGAUAUUUUAUGGGCAGAGGUGGCCCAUGUUUUGAUAUCACCACUUGCUCAUGGGCCAACUCUUUAUCCUGAGGCUGUUUCAAUUUUUGUGGCUGUGAAAUUGACCUUUGUCACCAAGGCUCCUGUCAUGGGGUCACACACGCGUGCAGUUAUACCAAAGGGCUUUGACACUCACUAGCCUAUGUGAGAUGGUCACACCAUACACUAGAUUGCCUUUUGGAGACGCAGGCCCCAGGGACUUAACUUUUUCAUUCAGUCACAUAUGAACAGAUGUUUUAAAAUCAGUUUGGUUUUUAUGGUUCUAUCCCUUUUCACAUCAAGAAACACAUCUUUAACGUUUUUAUUUGACCCUAAAGCAUAACUGACAUUUGUUUUUUGCCCCGUUUCUCUGUUACGGUGUGUUAAUGAUGCAUUUAGAGAAGUAAUUGCCUUUACACCACUGUGGAAAAACCUACCGAUGCACCAUGUCAGUUUGGCACCUCGUGGCUAUGUAGUGUAAUCUUACAAGCACAACCCUCGCAAUGUCUCUUAAGUAUCUGUAAGGAAAAAAAAAUAGCUACCAAAGUCAGAACCGUUGUGAUUUUAUUUAAACGAGGUGCUGUAGUCUGAGAAUUUUCUAACUCCUAUGUAGAUAAAACGGUUCAUGGGCCCGUAUGACUUCUCUGAAAAUCACUGCCAAUUUAUAAACAGUAACAUUUUUGUUUUCCAUGAAUUGUAAGCUACUGGCCUCUACAGGAGCCGUUGUGGUAGUGCUGCCCUUGUAGAGCUUAGCAAAAAAUACUGGGUGUAAUCAUGACCUAGUGGAAGAUGCACCAAGGCAUGUUCUGUGGCAUCUUGGGGAAGAUUGCCGAGAGGUAAGCUCUGUGCGGACAUAAUGCUGUUGAUCUGUGUUGUGCAAAACACACCCAGAAACAGAGGUGGACAUCCUGACUUCAGAAAGUAAAAGUCCUACCAUACAUUGGUUCUACUUGUGCUUGUUAACACAGGGGAUUUAACAAAAAAAUGGCUUUUCUAGCUGGAUGAGGGGUUCUGCUAACUAGAAGCAGCUGGUUUAGUGAAUUGUUGGAACAAAAAUGUGGUAAAACUCCUACUUCCUGGAGCCACAUGUCCACCUUUCCCCUCAAAGCAAAUUAAUCCCUGCGGAGGAUCAUCCUAGAGCUACGCAACAAAUUGGCUGACUGCACUGCAUCGAAACUAUUGAAAUCUGUCAAUAAUACAUUGUGAUGUGUGAAAUUUUGAUUUCUGCAGCAUUUCCUCAUUUCCAUAACAAAAAUAUGCAUUGCUCAUCCUGGAUCCUCUUGUUUUGGACAUCUACCUGUGUAUCACCUGUUUCUGUUACAGUGUAUUAAUUAUGCAUUUCUUGUGGUGAACUAACCUUGUGAACAUGCAUAAACACAUUUUAUUUGGUUUUUCUUUCCCCCUUCCAUGUUACUGUGUCUGUAUAUUUACCAAACUGUUUCAUAUUACUGGGAGCAGGCUGCUUUUUUAUGGAUAUGUGCUCGACUUGUUGGCAUUAUAACUGUAUAAUAUAAUUUAUCAUUUGUUCUAUUGUAACAUAUUGUUCUGUACCUUAUUUCUGUGUAAUGGUUUUUGUAGGAAAGUCACAUGGGACGGUGUGAUUUUGUUUUAAUGCCAUCUAAAGCGCAGCAAGCGAUCAAGGACCUGUAGCUGCAAUGGUAAAAAUAAAAUGUAUCACUCA